AUGGUCAACUUCAAGUGGUCUUCAAUUGCCCUGCUCGCUCUGCGCGUCGCGACGGCCUUCGCCACCGAAGAGCCCGAUGCCGAGUCCUUCACCACGGUCCCGGUCGAGCAACCCGAGCUCAAGGCCGACAUCGAGACCACCUUCCCCGAUGCUGACAUCUUUGGCGUGAAGAUCGUCAACGGCCGCGUGACCAAGGCCCUGAUCGAGAUCACCAACCAUGAAGACUCGCCAAUCGACGUUGCCUUCAUUGGUGGCAAGCUUUCGACCACCAAGCCACUGCCCGAGGACGCUCCCGCGUCUGCCGCGACCAUCCGCAACUUGACCGCCGUCCGGUACGACGUGACCAUCCCGCCUGGCGAGAAGCACCAAUUGCCCUACCAAUUCGUCCUCGACAUGAUGCCGCAGGAUGUGCAGGUUGAUCUGGUUGCCAUUGUUACGAGCGAGGCCACGAGCCAGAUCUUCCAGGUCCAGGCCCACAGUGGUCCUGCCAGCAUUGUCGAGCCGCCCACCAGCCUGUUUGAUCCCCAAAUCAUCUUCCUCUACCUCUUCCUCACCGGCGUUUUCGGCGCAACCCUCUACUUCGUCUACAAGACCUGGAUCGAGGCUCUCUUCCCCCAAGCCAAGCCCACCGGCAAGGGCGGUUCCUCGCAAGCCGGCGGUGGCAAGAAGGCCGCGCGCCGCGCCGCGGCCGCCGUUGAGGCCGAGGCCGCUUCUGCCGACGCUCUCUCGGGCAACGAGUCCGCUGGGUUCACAAGCGGCGGUGACGGGAACAAGAGCUACGACGAAAGCUGGAUCCCGAGCCACCAUAUCAACCGCCCUACGGCGCGCCGUGUGAAGAGCAGUGCGAGUGGCAAGGCGAAAUAA